AUGGGUUAUGUCUCCAAGUUGACUCAUGUCUUCUUUGAUUGGACUACCGAUCAUGACCGAUUGCCUAAAGAGGCUGUUGUCAAAAUCACGAUUCCGGUUCAAAUGGGACCAGUGCGAUUCGAAAAUGGACCGUUUGAAUUGGAUGAUAGAAAGAUCAUGGAUGACGAGUUGUUGUUCUAUUCAAGAGUCGGGAAUUUGAAAUUUUUGCCACCAAAGUUGAAAGUUCCUCAAUUUUUCUGUGGCCGCAGGUAUGGAGUUGAUGGAGUGAAUGCUGGUUACAUUUCAAUGGAGCACAUUGAUGGAUCUAUUCAUCGUCACCUUUAUCACAAUGUUUGCAAGAAUGGAAUCUUUGAAGCAAUCGAUCAACUUGUGGAGUUGGCUGUUUUUUCACUGAAGUAUCCCGAAUCACUCACUGACUGGCCAAAGUUUGGACGCACACUUCUCGAUCAUUUCUUGGCCAUUUGCGAUCUUGACAAGAAAGCUUUACAAAUGAUUGAAAAAUUCCCUGAUCUGAAAGAAGAAAUUGAGAAAUACGUUGCAAAUUAUGAUAAAGUUUACCGAGAUUAUAAGCGAUUUAUGGAGAUUCGAAGGAAAACUUGUAAG